AUGUGGUGGUUCUUCAACGUCGUUUUCAGCUUCAUCUUCCUCGUCAGCAUCGUCCUCUCCAUACCCGUCGCCUUUGAUGUCGGCGGCCGGGACAGCGGGCUGGCCUACAGCCUGUCCCUCUUCCUCUACUACCUCGCCUACUCCACCAUCAGUCUCAUCACGCCCGAACGAUCUCGCGUCCGCUACACCAUAGUCGCCAUCCUCCGAGUCAGCCAGUGGAUCGUCAUCCCCUCCCUGCUCAUAUGGUCCCUGGGUCAGUUCGCAGUCGAUGCCGGGAGCACGAACUGGGUCGAGAGGACCAUGGGUGGCGUCUUUCACAACUCGACUCGUCAUGCCUCGCUCUCUUGGAAUGAGUGGGUGUUUGGGAAGCAGGGCCUCCUCGAGACCGUGCUGCUGGGGUCGUGGGACAGCGCGCUCCGCUACUCAGGCCCCGUCUUCCAGCUACUAGAGGGCUUCUGCACCCUCCUCGUCAUUCAAGCUGUUGGACAGCUCACUCGCUGGCUCGUCAACAGUGGCAGGAGUGAUUCCUGGGUCAUCAUCCUCCUCGCCUUUUCCGGGUCCGUCAUCGCGAGCGCCGUCUACUUCCUCUGGCGCGUCGCACAGUUCCCCGAGAUAAGCAACCUCGACGCCGCCCUGAUCGGCGUGGCCAUGACGACGGCCCUGUUCCUGUGCACAUACGGCAUCGGCAGCGGCCGCGGCAGCCCUGUGGAGUCGUCACUCCUAUUCGCCUACAUUGUGCUGUGCGUCUACCAAAUCUACACCGACUACAUGCCAUCGGACGGCAGCACUGGCCUCUACGACGACCAGGCGUCGUCCCAGCCCGACCUCCCGCCGCUCCCUCCCAUCAUCAUGGCAUCAUACUCGACCCUCGUCCACAUCAUGGGCUCACUGCCCUCGGCCAUCCACUCAGCCCUCGCUUUCCUCUACGCCGCCUUCCAGACCAUUACGCCCUCGGUUAUAAUCUCCCUCGCCUACCGUCUCCUCGUCUUCUACUGCGCCACCCGGAUCAUCCCCUCAGUGAAAGACCUCGGCGCCCAGGCCCUCAUGCACGAGCCCGACUGGGACGACUCAGAGAUGGCCGCUAAGCUUCUGGGAUUCCUCAGCUGGUUCUCCCCCUCCAUCCUCAUAGCUGUCUACACCAGCCUGCUUCUCCAGCACUUUUCCACCGACGCAGGAGACGACGGGUGGUCACUGCGUGGCGGGGACGCCGGGGGUAACAUGUGGCGCUGGAUCAAUGUCGGCAUCACCAUGGUCCUAUACGGGCUUGAACUACAUCUCGGUGGCGACAAUGAUCACUGGAAGGUGGAUUAA